AUGGGCCUGCAAAGUACAGGUGACGACGAGCGACUGGACAUCCUGACGGAAGUGGGAGCGAUCAAACUCUUUCAGAACGCCAGGGCCUUCUAUCGCUUCCUUUGGGGCUGCGGUGGGCCCUUCGACUCCGAAGCAGGCGGCCCUAGCUGGAACCAGCUGGGUUCCUCCCUAGGCGUCACGCAGACCAGGCUCCCGCCCACGCAGCAAGGUCGGCUGACCAUCGGCUGGCGCACUGGGCUCUUCGAUGUGGGGCUCGAAGGUGGCAAGGUCCUUCCGCCCAUGAUGACCCGGCGAAAGGCGCAGAAGAAGAAGCGAGGACUGCGUGACAACUUGUUGGACUCAUCGCCGUUCAUCGCCUACUCCAUGGACUUGCCACGGAGCACUCAGGUGACCUGGACCCUCGUGCCGGAACACGGUGUUCUGGAACAUGCGCUGCAGUGGCGGAGCCAGCGGGAUCCCACUGGUGGCAAGACGUUGGUGACCAUGGUCCUGGAGCAGUCCUUGCACUCACGAGACGCACGUCUCCGGAUUGGCACAUGCUAUGAGCGGAAGUGA